UGGCCCAUAUGUUUGGCGCUCGUUGAAGCUGCAGUGGUGGGAAGUGGGCGGCGAAUGUUGAGUGAAAGAGACGGAGAUAUGUUUGAAUAGUUGCUGAGGCGGAAAACAUUGAAAUUUUAAAAUUGUUCUGUUAAACUGUAUACCUACAGUACGACAAUUGUGUUAAACGCGUCAAACUCUCCGUGUUCUAUUGUGGAGCGCAGACAAGAGGGAACCGCGUGGCUUUUGUGUAACGUUAGCAAGCCGGUGUUGUUAGCUAGCGAAAGCUGGCAGUCGGUGGACGCGCGAGGUGAAUUCACCCCCCCGCUGCUAACGAGCUAGCCAACAUAACAGUAGUAAUCCUGAUCAACGAAAUCUUACCUCUUGUGUGUCCGAUCGAUCCCGAGUCACUUCACUGAAUGAGGACUGACACAUCUCGGCAAGUUGACAAUGGUGCUGACUGGGAAGCGGUCUGAGAAGGGACCUGUGCGUUGGAGGAAGAGAGUGAAGUCUGUAUACAUGAGACUCCGCCAACUGAAACGCUUCAGACGGGCCGAUGAGGUCAAGAGUAUGUUUAACUCUAACCGUCAGAAGAUCCUGGAGAGAACGGACAUCCUGAAUGCUGAGUGGAAGACGAGAAGGAUUCAGCCGGUUCACAUCAUGACCGCUGUAAGCUCCUUACGAGGGACCAGAGAGUGUACAGUGGACAGUGGUUUCUCAGAGUUUUCCAAACAGGUGAUUCCACUGAAGACACUCAACGCCGUGGCCUCAGUCCCUGUCAUGUACUCCUGGUCCCCUCUGCAGCAGAACUUCAUGGUGGAAGACGAGACGGUUCUGCACAACAUUCCCUACAUGGGAGACGAGAUCCUGGACCAAGACGGAACCUUCAUCGAGGAACUCAUCAAGAACUACGAUGGCAAAGUUCACGGAGACCGGGAGUGCGGCUUCAUCAACGAUGAGAUCUUUGUGGAGCUGGUGGGUGCCCUGACCCAGUACAGUGACAAUGAGGAAGAGGAGGAUGACGACGAAGAGCAGGAGUUUAAGCUGGAGAAGAUGGAGCUGUGUGAGGGGAAGGACCAUCUAGCCGAGGAGCCGUGCAAGGAGCCGUGCAAGGAGCCCAUGAUCAACACUGAUAGCCAAUGCAGCAGUGACAGCUCUAAGAAGUUUCCGUCUGAUAAGAUUUUUGAGGCCAUAUCUUCCAUGUUCCCUGAUAAAGGCUCCACAGAGGAGCUCAAAGAGAAGUAUAAGGAACUGACAGAGCCCCAGUUGCCAGGUGCUUUGCCUCCAGAGUGUACUCCAAACAUCGAUGGCCCCAACGCCCGCUCCGUUCAGAGGGAGCAGUCUCUACACUCCUUCCACACACUCUUCUGCCGACGCUGCUUCAAAUACGACUGCUUCCUGCACCGUGAGUCAUUCCACGCCACUCCUAACACCUACAAGCGCAAGAACAUGGAGAACCUGGUGGACAGUAAACCCUGUGGAGAUGAGUGCUACAUGUACCUGAUGCAGGAUGGCAUAGCGAGGGACUACUCUGACGGCAUGGCAACCGAGAGGUCAAAGACCCCUUCCAAACGCCCUGUGGGCCGGCGACGGGGAAGGCCCAACGGCAACAGCCGGCCCAGCACCCCGACAAUCUCCACGGAUGCCAAAGACACCGACAGCGAGCGGGAAGGGAAAGACGAUGACAAGGACGACGACAAGGAUGAAGACGACAAGAAGGACGAGAACACCAGCAGCUCAGAGGGUAACUCCCGAUGCCAGACUCCAGUGAAGUUGAAGCUGACCUGUGAACCUGAAGUGGUUGAUUGGAGCGGAGCGGAGGCUUCACUCUUCAGGGUUCUCAUCGGAACCUACUACGACAACUACUGUGCUAUAGCCCGCCUCAUAGGAACCAAGACCUGCAGACAGGUGUAUGAGUUCAGAGUGAAGGAGUCGAGUAUCAUCGCUCGCGCUCCAGCCGAGGACGAAGACACGCCGCCUCGCAAGAAAAAGAGGAAACACAGGUUAUGGGCCACUCACUGCAGGAAGAUCCAGCUGAAGAAAGACGGCUCUUCAAACCAUGUCUACAACUACCAGCCGUGCGACCACCCCCGCCAGCCCUGUGACUCGUCCUGUCCCUGCGUCACGGCCCAGAACUUCUGUGAGAAAUUCUGUCAGUGCAGCUCAGAGUGUCAGAACCGUUUCCCGGGCUGCCGUUGCAAGGCCCAGUGUAACACCAAACAGUGCCCGUGUUACCUGGCCGUGAGAGAGUGUGACCCCGACCUCUGUCUGACCUGUGGGGCUGCUGAACAUUGGGACAGCAAGAAUGUCUCCUGUAAAAACUGCUCCAUACAGAGGGGGGCCAAGAAGCACCUGCUCCUAGCUCCGUCUGAUGUUGCCGGCUGGGGCAUUUUCAUCAAAGAGCCUGUUCAGAAGAACGAGUUUAUCUCCGAGUACUGUGGAGAGAUAAUCUCCCAGGACGAGGCUGAUCGCAGAGGGAAGGUCUAUGACAAAUACAUGUGUAGCUUCCUCUUCAACCUCAACAACGACUUUGUAGUGGACGCCACGAGGAAAGGAAACAAGAUUCGUUUUGCCAACCAUUCCGUCAACCCCAACUGCUAUGCAAAAGUGAUGAUGGUGAACGGGGACCACCGUAUUGGGAUAUUUGCCAAGAGAACUAUUCAGACUGGAGAGGAGCUAUUCUUUGACUACAGGUACAGUCAGGCUGAUGCCCUGAAGUACGUCGGCAUCGAGCGGGAAUCAGAGAUGCCAUGAUCCCCUCUCUACCUCCUCUGGAUUAACUCAAAAGGCCUUACACACACACACACACACACACACACACACACACUCUCUUGCUCUUGCUCUUUUCAGGAAACCCAAAUGACUCAUGUCAAUCCUUGGGAUGCUUCAAGAAUUCUCUUGUUUUUUUUCCUCCCGCAAUGAAUAUAGUUUUUCAACCAACAAAUCUCUGUUCUCUGGGAUAGGUGACACUCCUGGUUGCCAUGGUCAUUGGAACUGUUUACAGCUGGCGUACCUGCACUCAAACUGGUGUUGGAAAAAGAAAUCCACUGACUGGUUGUUUUUAGCGCUGUGAUACUUUUUACAAGAGGUCCAUGCAAACUCAUGAACACACUAUUGUCUCUGAAAAUCACAAGUAGUUGUUAAUAUUUUACUGGGACCAAAACAGUUUUUUUUUUUAGGGCCUGGGGUUAAUGCAUACCUCAGGAAGUCUACAGGUUUAAGCGAUCUCAGCGACUUUUUCUUCCUUCCCAUCCCAACACACACACACACACACACACACACACACACACACACACACACACACACACACACACACACACACACAGUUUUGAGACUAUAGCUUGAUAUCUGAGGUGACAGUAUGAUACAUGUUGACCAGCAGAACUACCUGUUUUCUCUGUGACAAUAUCUGGUUUAUGGAGAGAGGAAAAAAAAUAUAUAUUGUUUCAGUCCUUUUCUUUUCUUUUUUUUUUUGACGACCACCAUGCUUUGAUGCAAUCUAUUGUAGACGGUAGUUACCAAAGCCAGUUGAUGUUGUGUCACGUUGAACUUUUCUCAGCACCCUACAGGUAUCCACUUCUGCUGUGCCUUGACUCCUGCCAUUAGAACACAAUUGUCAGUUGGUUAGAGUCCGUUUGUUGAUCAUUGAUGAGGAUUUAUGCGCCGCCUGAGAAUGCAUGAUGACUUAAAGGUUCCGCGUUUGUAUUCCAGGGAAGACUUCACUGCUACUGCAAUUCAGUGAUGUCCGGUGCUUGUGAAUACUGCAGACUUGAACCAAAAACAACCAGCUCUGAAUUGUGUUAAUGUUCACGUCUUCAGUUGGACAGACUGCUCCUAUUUAUCCUGUUCUACGACUGUACCUUGUCACCAGCAGUUCAAUUGGUGCUCUUUUUAAAAUACUACAGACAAGAGAUAUAGGUUACUGAGGAUGGCAAUGUUAAUAGAAUGGAUGUCUAUUCUUUAAGUGGUCCGUGUGGCUCCUGUUACGACACUGCUCCUCAGGAGAUGGUAUCAUCAGAUUGCCUGCACUCCUGAGCUAUGCUCGCUCAGUUUUUAGCAUUCUGGAGGUUUCAGUUGAACUAAAAUGUUGUUGUACUGAACAACCUGUUAAAAAAAUAAGGAGCUUGAAUGCUGUCAGCAUGGCUGCUGUCCUAUUCCAGAGCCAGCAUACCGGAUUAGACUUGUCAGCUAAUCACCAAGCCCCAAUUGAAGCAGGUGUGCCUUUUUCAGGGCAACAACAAAAUUGUUUAAUGUCUUGAGGUCCAGAAGAGAGUUCUAGGCUUUAAUUUAUCACUAGUUGAUGGAGCCAUACCCACAAAACAGGAGCAGAAGUACCUCAGUCAUCCCAAGAAUGUUUUGGGGAAACGUCACUCAGUACAAAUCCAUUUGUAACGUAGCGAACAAAUCAACCCGACCACAUCUGGUCCACCUGGUGUGGGGGCUCGUUUUAAAUCCAUAAUGUGGAAGUCUUGCACCGGACUGGUGGACUCUUCUUCGUUUGCAGACGAUCCACAGCAUGGGGAAGUUGCGCUGUAGUGCUGAAUUUGAGAUUGAAUCAAGCCCUUGUGUUUGUGACUGGAAAACCUAGAAGCAGACAAACCCAAGGCUGUGUCACACCUCUACAUCUGUUUUGAUGUACACUCCCUGACCUGUCGAGCCGGCUGAUUUUUACAUGUAAUGUGGAACAUCGACGCUUCUUGGUCACAGAAUAGGGAAAGUACAAGAGAUUGCAGAGCAUUGUGGAAGGUUCACUUACUGAACCCAGUAUUCUGCGUCUGUUUAUCCCGGACCACUCUGAUUUUCAAGGUGCUGAUCUUUGUUGUACUGUGUUAACAGGGAAUAUUAUUAAAAGUGAUGUAAUACAAUUGGAAAA